UCAAAAUAGGCUGCACUUCAGUUCUUAAAAAAUAGUUAACGCUCGCUUGGAAUCUUAUGCAUGUUUUAAUACAAAGUGUGUUUAAAUUUAUCAAUAAAUCUCGAAUUUUUGACUGUGGAGUUUUAUGUUGCACAUUAUUAUGUUUUUAUGAAUGUGUUGCUAUAACAUUGCCUCGUUUUAAAACCAGUUCACCUUUUGUUCUGUACAGGUAUAGUUUUUAAUCCUGAUAAUGCACGAUUUAAUUUCCUGUCUGCAUGAGACAUGCAAGCAUUCUGGAUUUCGUUUUCAUCACACAGCGUAGAUAUAGUGACGAGGAGAAUAUGAAACCUGUCCGGAUCGCUGUGGUAGGAGCCGGAGCAGUCGGACUCUCGACAGCUCUCUGUAUACAGGACCGCAUCCGGAACUGUGAUGUUCAUAUCAUCGCCGAGAAGUUUUCACCGAGUACCACCUCAGAUGGAUCCGCUGGCCUGUGGACACCUUUCCUGGUGCCACAGGACCAAAUAGACAUCGUCACACGUUGGAGUAUGGACACGUACAGAUAUCUACUGGGGUUGUUCCGGUCCGAGACCGCCUACAGAGACGGGGUUCAGCUUAUUUCCGGGUUCAACUUUUGCCAGGAGGUGAAAACUGAUCCGCCAUGGUGCAAAGAUGUGAUAGGGUUCAGACGACUAGAAGAAGAAGAACUGCAGGACUACCCGGGGAAGGAGUUUGGCAUAUUCUAUACAGCUUUCACACUUGAUGUUCCAAGCCUAUUGUCUUCUUACAUGAGAACAUUCCGGGAUCGAGGGGGGUUUGUGAUUCCAAAGAAAUUAAAGUCCUUGCAGGAGAUCGAAUCGUCGUAUGACAUCAUCGUGAACUGUGUCGGUAUAGGUGCUGCAGAACUUCUCAACGACACGAAAAUUAAGUCCAAGAGGGGGCAAGUGAUCAGGGUAAAGGCGCCCUGGAUUAAGCACUUCUACAUCGACAUAGAUAGGAAUAAUGACGUCACAUAUAUACUGCCUGGGAUUGAGACGGUGGUGUUAGGAGGAACAGCACAGGACGGGGACUGGAACACGGAGGACGAUCAAGCCGACAUUGACGGCAUCAUGGAGCGAUGUCUCAAGGUCAUGCCAAGUUUAAAGGACAGUAAAAGACAGGGUGCUUGGGCAGGACUCCGUCCUUAUCGCGAAUCCGUACGGUUAGAAAUUGACAGAGACACAGACAACUCAAAGGCCAAAAUUGUCCAUAACUACGGGCACGGUGGAGCCGGUCUGACCAUUUUUUGGGGUUGUGCAAAUGAUGCCGCGGCGUUGGUUGUGGAUCUUGUCAAUUCCCGGAAAUCGAAAAUAUAGUAACAUUCAUAUAUCACAAAGCAUAUCUUAUUCACCGGAAAGGAAUAUUAUAUUAUUUGUAUAUUGAGGGAAAUAGUUGCAUAUCGUCUCUAUGGACAUUUUAGCGGACGAUCUGUGGACAUUUAACAGAUAAUUUCUAGGACAUUUUGGCAAAAUUUGUAAGAAUGUAGUGAGCAUUUAUUCGAACGGUUUCGGGUUAUUUACGAAAGAAUGCAUACUAAUCAUUUGAAUAUCAAUUAUGACCUUUUUGGAUUCAUAGUUAAUACAAUGUCUUGUAAAACGCAAAUAUGAAGAACUAAGAAAAACAAAAUUGUACAGAUUUCUAGUUUUGUUUGGUACCUGGCUUUCCAUGCCAACAUAGAGCCACUGUUGAUUAUUGUAUAGCUUAUAUAUAAAUCCUAAAUAAUCACCCAGAUGUAUAAAGACUUGUGUUUACCUUACAUUGACGCAUACAUAUAUAAAAUGUCGAUCAUCUGUGUUAAGUCUUAUAAGGAGAUUGUUAUCAUAUUCGCAGCUCCAGAAAAAUAUCCCCCAGAGGGAGGAAAAUAGAUAUGUUUGUUUCUGUUGGUUUCAAGAGCUUAUCAAUGUCACCAAAAUCAAUAUUAUACUGUAAAAGUUCAAAAAACAAAUUGUGAACAGAUAGAAUCUCUUUCCCAUUGAAUCUUGUACAUCAGGUAUGAUUUUUCAUCUGUAUUGUUACAAUGUCAUGUAUAUUAUGAUGUUAAGUUUUGUGAAUCUAUAAACUGUAUGGUUAAUAAAGAUCUAUACACCUAUCAA